AAGCAGUCGCGGCUCAAAGGUAGCUUUAGCGACUCGGAAACCCCAGACCCAAACGUCGGACCUUCGUUUAUCGGUGUAGCGAAGAAAUGCAGCUGCACCAGUUCUUCCAACCUUCCCACGGAUUGCGCUCCCCGAGAAUUGCAAGGGAUGGGAAGGUGUCGAGUUGGAGUGUCAGGUCACUUCAGAGUGUUGGCACUUCGCGACCUAGCGGUCGCGCCAUGGGGUCUUGCUUCUUGGUUUUGGGCCGUGCCUUUGCACGGCGAAAGACGCAAAGCAGAUGUAAGGGAGGAGGCAAAGAGGCAGAAAGUGUUCCAGAAGAACGACAGAGCACUCAGAGCACUGUAGUCAAUGACAUGGUGGAAGUCCCACAAGACGUGGGAUUUCCCCUACCCGGAGUCUUUGAAGGACUCCCUCCACCCAGCCUUGCCAAUGGGUGGACUUUGCUCGGAGACUUGGCGGCCUGUAUCUUUGCUGCUCCUUUUCUUGCAAUCUUGUCCCGGCUGGCGGGGGCAUUGAAACCAGAGUGGUUUAUGCACUCCGAGAACAACGGAAAUGCCUUUAUAUUUCCCGAGGCUUCACAUGGUGUAAUGUUCUGGCUGUGCUGGUGUAUAGGAGGACUUGUGAUGAGAGCAUUUGAAGCAGAUGCGGUGGACUCUCAAGAUUUGGUGAAAACUGUAAAGCGCACUGCACUCGCAGCAGAAACAAGCGGAUUCCUUGCGAACCUGGUAUGGUUAUUCCUGCGUUUCAGUGGGAAUCUGGAAAGUGCCUACACCAUGACUGGGUAUUCUGCACCACCACAUGCCAUUCCUACCUAUGCUGACUUCUUCAUUGACUUACAAUUCCAGGUCUUGCUGCUAGUUAUUUGGCGUUUCACUGUUGCAGUUCUUUUCGCGGAGCGACCUGUGCCCGAGCGUGAAGAGGUCAACGUGGACACCCGAUUGCUUGUGGGAGACUUGCUGGCCAUAGGAUGCCACCGCACCGAAGCUUGACAAAAAGCAAAGGGUAGCUGCCUAUCAUGGCAACAAGCCCACAGUGGUCCGACUUAAGUGAGCAAGACCACCCAAAGUGAGGGUGAGAGCUUGCCAACUGGAUUAGAUG